AUUCACACAACAUCUAUUGAUAUAUAGGCAAGCAAUCCGGCACCAUUUCGUCUCCCUUCUCCCAUCCUUUUCCACUCCAUCUUCUUUCUCUCUUCUACUCAACUACAGUCUUGUGCAAGCGAGCAUGUUGCUCAUCACAGCCUUAUCUCUCCUUCCCCUGGCCUGGGCCGCAGCCACACCGACCUCUUGCGCUCAGGUCGUCGCUGGCGGGUUCACUCUCGUGCACAAUGGCUCUUUUGCCGGUACCCUGGGCGGUAGUCUGGCCUCAGCAGCACUUGAAUUAGUUGUUCCGCAGGAUAAGAAACGCAGCGGCGAAGUGAUUCAAUGGGCCCUGAACGGCACCCAACUGGUGGAGGGGAACCGCGCUUACGGUCCACGCAAUAACUCUGCCGCCGUGCUGAGUUCCGACCACUACGUAUUGACGGGCCCUCUCGAUACGGCCCCGGCACCUCCAAGCAGCGAAAUUCUCAAAUGCAUCGUCCAAGGCCAGAGCUUCCCCCACUGCCACCUCUCCUGCUCCCUAGGCAAAGACGAUGAAAGUUACGUCUGCCCGGAGAAUCAGACGUGGAAGAUAUUCCCAAAGGGAGCCGCCAUUGCUGGAUGCGUCCCGUUUGCGUUGCUCACGCUUCCGCCCGUCACGUCUAGACAAGCUGGAUCAUGACAUCAAGGCAAACAAACGAACCGCAAUAUCUUCCUCAAUGCCGCCAAGAUUCUGAUCUCCUACGGUCACUUCAAGUGGUCCGAGGCCAAGGGCUUCAAGAUGACCGCCCACGACAGCUCGGUCUUCCACCACUGGCUGGACGACGCAACGCGCGGGGGUCGCCUCUUGAAAGGUCGCCUCCUCCUGAACGGUCGCCUCCUCCUGAACGGUCGCCUCCUCCUGAAAGGUCG